AUGCCUCAGCGCACCCAAGGCGAAGACUUUACUCAAGAUAUUCAGAAUAUAGAUAGCAGCUCCACUGCUGACUCGACAGAUUCAGACAGUGACCAGUCCAACGACGAUUCCAAUUUAUUGCGUGUUCGUACUGCAAUUGCAGCACCUCCUCUCAAUGCAUCAGCCGAAGAUCUUCGCAAGGCAAGUCUUUAUGUUGCACUCGAACUUGCACAAAGGCUACUUCUAGAUAUGCGAGGAAAGUACCGGGAGGCUCUGAAGAAGAACGCUCUCCUUGAGGCUACACUUUCAAAAGGUUGGAAGACAAAGCUCACCAACAAGGACCUCGCACUCGCCGCCAAGGAAGAUACCAUCAAGAACUACGGACGCAAGUUUUCUGUCACACACUGCCUCUGGGUUGAUACCAUCAUUUUCCCCUUGCGUGCGCCACCUCCUAGGAUUGAUCUCACAAGCAAAGAGCGGUGGCUCUCUCCGAUGUCAAUACAGGAUGGCAUCAAAGCCGAAAUCUUUCUUUUUAUUCUGCCAGCAGACCACAACAUGAUGGCCCAUAAGAACUUCGGUUCCCAUUUUGUCAAAGGCCUCAAUAGCGUUCGUGCCGAAAUGGUUUCUGAUGUCAAGUCAUGCGCAGCCGCCAUUUUCAAUCUCGACGCAAAGUUCUUCAUACGAGGGUAUGCACGGGAUUUGGAGCCUGCAUGUCGCACCUUGCUCCUUAACCCUCAAGGUGCAUACACGAAAUUUGCACCAGUUCUCUUCCCUCAUCCAGAUCGUGUCUCCCGAGACGACUUUUUCAAAACAUCAAAGCUCGUUUAUAUCUUGAAAGCGUCUCUUUUUGGCCGAUCCUCGCUAGCUGCCAAUGCGCCUCCAACGCCUAAAACCAAAGCUAAGAUAUGGGAGUUACGUGCCGUAACUCCAGGCCUCAUCGCAGCAGCAGCAAUUGUUGCUAUCUUUAUUCUUUCUGGCGACAAAGAGCUAGUCGAGAUAGGUGACAAGUCUCAAAUCUCGUACAAAGAGUACCAUAACUACUACCGUCAAACUCUGAUGACCGGCGGCGCCUGGGCCGACAGCAUUUACACCUUCUUCAACAAUUCCCUCUUUGCUACUUCUUCCUCUGUAGCUGCUCUGGGCUCAGACUUUGUAGGUGUGAGCAGCGGUCCACACAAUACCUGGGAAGAGGAUUUCGAGCGUGUGAUGGAAACGGGGGGUGAUUUGCCAGAAGUUGAUGCUCCCCGAGCCAUAUCACCACUCACUGACGAAGAAGAUACCCCACCGUCAGCUGUCCGUCGUGUCGCCAACUUGAAUGCACCUAAUAUUCUUGCACCUGAAUCUAUAUCUGCGGCUAUGCAAGGUCUUGCUGUAGCAGAUUCACAGGACCGCGAGCUAUUGCCACCUACGCCUGCACUCAACAAUUCGGGCUCGCGGACACCUGGAAUGCUUACCAACGAUUCAGAGUCUGGUCCAGGUGCUCUCGUUCAGAAGCCCAAGCCCAAGCCCAAGCCAAGGCGCAAGACCAAGGGUGGAGCCAGGGCCGAGGAUUUAAUGUUAGGUGCUGCUGACGAGGAUCUGGCAUUGGUGCGAAGGUCUGGCCGCGCAAAGAAAUAA